AUGCAUCUCGGUGUGAAUAUAUCAAACGCUUUGCAGCAAUUGGAAAGUGUAAAAGCUGUUGUCGAUCAAAGUGAUGAUCCCAAAUUAAAGGCUGCAACAAAUGAUGACCUAAAUCUUAUCAUAAAUCUUUUGGAAAGUCCAAUAUUAAAGAGUAUUGCUACUCUCCAUGACUCUGUUGGAUUGCUUGCAACUCAAGUGGCACAUCAUCCAUCAAUACUACCUGGAGAUUUUGAUAUCACACCAGCUGGUGACUUAGCUAUACAAACUAAAAACCUUUAUGGUAAUCAUGAGGGUGAGGAAGAACAACGAGUACCUCAAGUGUCACCACCGCACAGUUUGGAGUUUGGAUCAGGCUCAGAUAAUGAACGCAUUUUAGGUCUAGAUUCUGCUUCUGUAGAUUCUAAUAUGUCUCCCAAACAGAAUCGAGGUUUGCAUGACAUGUCUCGAAAUGAUGAUUCGUUAAUAUCUGGUUCAACAAACAUUGUGGCCGGAGAUUGGGCUCAAGUUGAGAUAAUAAAUUUAGUGAAUGAUGGCACUGGACUUGGAUUUGGUAUUAUUGGAGCCAGAACUAGUGGUGUGAUUGUAAAAACUAUAUUGUCGGGUGGUGUAGCUGACCGUGAUGGUCGUCUGAAAUCUGGUGAUCAUAUUUUACAAAUUGGAGAUACUCACCUGAUGGAGAUGGGGUCGGAGCAGGUGGCGGGCGUGCUGCGCGCGUCGGGCUCGCGCGUGCGCCUGGUGGUGGCGCGCGCCGUCGACCCCGCCGCCGCGCACGCCUCCGCCGCGCCCGUCGUGCCCUCCAGACUCCUGUCAAGCCCCGAAGCUUUGGACCGCUACUUAAUGGAAGCUGGUUUCGAACAAGUGUUCCACACGCAGCCGACUCCGAUCGCCUUAAACUCUAACGUGUCGAGAUUUGUAUUCGACGCAUCCAUUACACCCCCACCAGAUACCGAUGCCGAGUCACCCGAGGUCGACAGAUUUACUGUUCAAUUGAAGAAAGAUGAAAACGGCUUAGGAAUUACUAUUGCAGGUUACGUGUGCGAGAAAGAGGAGCUAUCGGGAAUAUUCGUGAAGUCGGUGACGCCGGGCAGCGCGGCGGCGCUCAGCGGCAAGGUGCGGGUCAACGACCGCAUCGUGGCCGUGGACGGCGUGUCGCUCGCCGGCAAGUCCAACCAGCGGGCCGUGGACGCGCUCAAGCAGAGCGGGCACAUCGUCACUCUGGAGCUCGAGAGGUACCUCCGCGGGCCGAAGUUCGAGCAGCUGCAGCAGGCCAUCGCGGCGGGCGAGGCGGCGCCGCACAACCCCUUCCUGCACAUGCACCGGCCCGAGCCGCCCGCCGCGCACGACAUACAGAUGUCGCACCUCUCUGCCGCGUUGGAAACAAACGCGGAGGAGAGUGAGCCGUCCCCCCCUCGCAGCCCCACACUGCCGCCGCCCGCCCCACCCGCGCCCGCCUUCGAGAUGCCGCGCACGCACGAGCAGAAGGAAGCCAUUAAGAGGAAGUGGCAGGCUAUACUCGGUGAUGAGGUGGAGAUAGUGGUGGGCGUGGUGGUGCGCGGCGGCGGCGGGCUGGGCAUCUCACUGGAGGGCACGGUGGAUGUGGAGGGCGGGCGCGAGGUGCGGCCGCACCACUACGUGCGCUCCGUGCUGCCCGAGGGGCCCGUGGGCCGCGCCGGCGUGCACCGCCCCGGCGACGAGCUGCUAGAGGUUAACGGGCACCGGCUUCUGGGCAUGAACCACCUGGAGGUGGUGUCGAUCCUCAAGGAGCUGUCGAGCGAGGUGUGCAUGGUGUGCGCGCGCCCGCGCCCCGCGCCGCCGCUCGACCUCGCGCCGCCCGCCGCCACGCUCGUCAAGGUGCGCGACACGUACACACACACACACACACACAUGAACCACCUGGAGGUGGCGAAGUCGGACGGGAGCCUGGCGGGCGCGGGCGCGGAGGAGAGCGGCGCGCUGGGCGCGGGCGGCAAGGUGCGCUCGCGCAGCCUCGAGCCGCUCACCGGCCUGGCCAUGUGGGCCUCCGAGCCGCAGGUCAUCGAAUUGGUGAAAGGGGAGCGCGGGCUCGGUUUCUCAAUCCUCGAUUACCAAGACCCCCUCCGUCCAUCCCACACGCUGGUGGUGAUUCGCUCGCUGGUGCCGGGGGGCGUGGCGCAGCAGGACGGCCGUCUCAUCCCUGGAGACAGGCUGCUGUUUGUAAACGAUCAAAACCUGGAGAACGCGAGCUUAGAGCAAGCAGUAGCGGCGCUAAAGGGCGCGCCCCGGGGCGUGGUCCGCAUAGGCGUGGCCAAGCCUCUGCCGCUAGCCGACGCGCCGCCCCCGCUGCCGGCCAGCGCUCCCCCCGCGCCCUUAACCCCCACUGACUAACUCACAUGUACAAUAAAUAGCUAUAGCUAAUUUCUCGCGCUAGACUAGAAAUUAAGUCGUUCAAUUUUAAAAACAAUAUUUAAUUAUUAUUGUUCAGUUCAUUAGCCAGAUACUCUGAUACUUGACAGAAGUUCGAAUGACUUUUGGUCAAUAUUAAGUAAUGAAAUGCUUGCUAAAUUACUUUCUUAAUUAAAUUGAAGCCUAGCGCAAACUAGUUCCAACGAUACACGAUGAACUGCAAAAAAGCGGAAAAUGUAAACGAUAGCGACGAAGAUGUCACGCGAAUAAUCACUGUUUUAUUAUAUAGUUUUCAUAUUAAUACUGAAUUUAUAUUACCACAUUAUUGAGCGAUUAUCUUUUUUAUUAAUGACACAGUGUGCAAAUCUGUAUGAAAUUAAAUCUAGUAUAAAAUGAUUUAGUUAAAUAUACAAAUAUUUUUAUAUAAA